GUGAAGUGCUGAAAGAAAGAUAACGUCUUCUGCCUUUUAUUAUUAUUUAUCCCUUUACUAAAAUAUGUUGGAUUCGUAUUAAUGAGUUUUUAAAUAAAUUUAAAAGUGUGGGGAAAAAUAUAAAAAGUAGCUCCAUCUAAUGCAUUUUUAUUCCCAAACCAGUAAUCGGAUUUAAGUUACUUAUCCAAGUUACUGUGCAUUAAUAUUUUUCCUAUUUUAAGGGAAAUUUUAUUUUAUUUUAUUUUAUAUUUUUGAGAUGAGUGUUUUCGAGUUUGAAAAGAAGAUUUACUAAGGAGGUGUGACUGGAUUAUAUAUCCAGGGUGAGGCUUUCUAAACCUCUGAUGUACACAUUUAUUUUGCCAUCUGAUCCGGAGCUCACACAUCACACUGCACGUGGAAAGCAGGCUUCAAUAUCCAGACGUGUUCCUGUAGGCGACGGUGCUGACUACUGAUUUUCUCUGAGAUCCAAAUCAGCGUUGCAGCAAGCACAGGGCGACACAUCGUAAAGACAUCAUGGCAGUAAGCAGAGGAUUCUUGCUCCUCGGUUUUCCUGUGCUUCUUGUUAUCCUGUUCCUUUCUCAAUGGGAUAAGUUACAAGAGAAGACAGAGAGGAUCAAUCCGACACAGGAGCAGAGAAAGCAGACGCUGAGAGAAUCGUGCAAGGGAUUUACUGGAGGGAAGAGCAGUAUAAAAACCCUGACUAACGGUGACUUGAAACAGUUCAUCGUGGACGACACUCAUGGCAUCAUCUACUGUUACAUUCCCAAGGUGGCAUGCACCAACUGGAAGAGGGUCAUGUUUGCCCUGACUCAAAGCGAGCCAUACCCUGACCCCAUGUCCAUCUCUGGUGACCUUGUCCACAUACCCGACAAGUUCAGGCAACUAAACCACUUCUCGAGACCACAGAUGAGGGCAAGGCUGAGACACUACACCAAGUUCCUGUUCGUUCGGGACCCGUUCGUCCGUCUCAUCUCCGCCUACCGGGACAAGUUCCAGCCACGUAAUGAAUAUUACUACCAAAACUUUGGUAGGGAAAUUCUACGUCUGUAUGGCAACCAGCCCCAUCCACCGCUAACGGUGGAUGAGGCGUUUGCAUCGGGGGUGCACGUCUCUUUCUACAAUUUUAUUCAGUACAUACUGGACCCCCGCACAGAAGCGUAUGUAUCCUUCGAGCCGCACUGGAAGCAGAUGCACCGCCUGUGCCACCCCUGCCUCAUAGACUAUGAUUUUGUUGGCCACCAGGAGACUCUUCAGGACGAUGCUAAAGAGCUGCUGAAGACCUUGAAGUUGGAGCAUGACAUUAAUUUCCCUCCUUCCUACGAAAACAUGACCUCUCCCAAGUCUGUGACGGACUGGUUCAGAACAGUGCCCCUAGAGGACAGGAGGAAGCUGUACAAGCUCUAUGAGGGAGACUUCAAGCUCCUUGGCUAUAGAAAGCCAAGUGAACUGCUUGACGGUUGAGAUGAAGUUAUGAUUCCAGUUGAAUAUUAGAUUGCACCACAAGCCUUUUAUGCCUAAGCUUUGUAUUACUGGAAGUAGACAGGUAGACUUGUGUGUGACUUUUUCUAAGAGAAAUGUGUGAUGUCCACAAAGAUUCUGUUGUGAUUCUUGACAUUAAACUAUAAAAUGCGUUACA